CGGAUUACGCUACCAUAAACAGCCAAUGUGAUCCACAGCAGCCACGCCGCCUUGUCAACUCGCAAUGGCCCUGCAGGGGUGAAUGUCUCGUCGCGCUCUACGCUUACGCUACCAGCUUUUUACUCCAAGCCAGUAUACAUGUUUGAGAGCGGCAGAUUCUGUCCAACACGCGUCGACGCCGCUGGUAACGGGGAUCGGUUGCGUCAGCUAGCUAUCCCCGUUGUUUAAAUCCAAGCGACGGCCGUUUUGCUCUCGGCAACUGCUCGCUGUCUCGACGCCGCCAAGUAGCAGCCCUGCUACACAGUACACACGCGGAUGCUGUGAUGCUGAGGUCGGUGUCCGGGUCGACCUCCUCGAGGGGCAUCGCCGCCGUGGUCGGCGUCGGCCCCGGCCUCGGCUCCGCCGUGGCUCGCAAGUUCGUCUCCGAGGGCUACACUGUCGCUAUCCUCUCCCGCGACCUCGAUAAGCUGUCGCAGCUGGCGGAGGAGAUAGCGCAGGAGGCCAAGGCGCAGGUGUUCGCGCUCCGGGUGGACUGCGCCGACGCCCGGUCCGUGCGCGAGGCCUUCGAGGGCGUGCUCUCCCUCGGCCCCGUCGAGGUGCUCGUCUACAACGCUUGCGACCCGCCGCCGCCGCCGGCAUCCCGACCGACGCCCUUCCUCGCCGUUUCCCCGGACGCCUUCCACCGCGCCAUGGCCGUCUGCGCCGCCGGGGCAUUCCAUUGCGCGCAGCAAGUCAUCCCGGCAAUGGUGGAAAGGGGCAGGGGCACCAUCAUCUUCACAGGCUCCUCGGCGUCCGUCUCCGGAUUCGCUGGCUACUCUGGUCUGAGCUGCGGCAAGUUUGCUCUGAGGGGGCUGGCUCAGUCUCUGGCCGAGGAAUUCCAGCCGGCCGGCGUCCACAUUGCGCACGUGAUCAUCAACGGCGUCAUCGGCGACCGGAGGUCGCAGAGGGGCAACAAUAACCAGGCCGGCGCGGCGGGGGCGGACCCGGACGCGGUGGCGCAGAGCUACUGGCACGUCCACGCCCAGGACAAGAGCGCGUGGACGCAGGAGAUGGACAUCCGGUCGCCGUCCUUCAUGUAGCAGCAGCUAGCAGCACCGUUUGUGCAAGUUGCAGCAUACGUAUAGCAAAGCAGUUGCAAGGGGAGGAGCCGCCGGUCCAGCAGCAGGACUCUUCCGGUGCUGUGGAAUCUCCAGCGUCUCUCCAAUCAUCCGAGAAGAUCCAUAUUCCGGUCGUGUGCGUUGCGCGGUUGUGGAUCGGGAAUCGUGUCCCCGUUCCGCGUCGCAUGUUUGGCGUGCCGCGCGCUUUUGAUGUGACGCGGGCGCCGCUUAUUAGCUUUUUACCUUUUCCUAUCCACUUGGUGCCGUUGCUGCCGAAAGCGAACUUGUCGCCGACGACGUACGGCGCCCCUGUUGUAAAACUCGUGUGAUUUGUAUUGCAAGUAUCGUCGUUGCAUGUGCUGCGCCCUA